GCCCCGCGCCUCCCUCAGAUCUGAUCGGUCGCGUGGAUUUCCAGGUAUUUCCAGUUUCUGUGUUUAACCUGAGAUUUCAAAAUCCUUCCGCAGCUCGUGUGUGUGGAAACAAACGUGUUGCGCUGUUGGAUGAAGAGUCACAUGUUCGGAUGUGAACUGUUUAAUUCAACACGAGUUAUUUCCCGAGAUGAGCUGUUGAAUAACUGGUGUCACGUGACUCGCUGCUGCAGGUGAGUGUUCACACUAACGUGAUCUGUGAAGUUUGAAGAUGCUGAAAGCUCUGGGACAAGCUCUGUUCUCCACCGGACUACAAAACCCCAAAUUCACUGCGGCGGAGGAAAACAAGGCACAAGACUAUGAGAUCCGCACCUACCACGCCACCAAGUGGGUGAGCACGUCUCUGAGCGGGAUGCAGCUGGACGCAGCCAUGAAAGAUGGCUUCCGCAGACUCUUCAGCUACAUCCAGGGCAAUAACCACAACAAGGUCAAAGUGGAGAUGACGGCCCCUGUGACGUGCCGCGUCGACCCAGGAGCCGGCCCUGCCUGCGAGUCUCAGUUCACCGUGUCCUUCUACGUCCCGGAGGAGCAUCAGGAAAACCCACCGGAGCCGAGCGACCCGCAGGUGUUUGUGGAGCACAGGGAGGAGUUCACUGCUUAUGUCAGGACGUACGGUGGCUUCUCCAAUGAGAACAUGAAGCGAGAAGAGCUCCUGAAACUUAUUGAGAGCCUGCAGAGGGACGGCGUCCCGUUCGUGGACAAGCCGUACUACACAGUCGGGUACGACGCCCCCUUCAAACUGACCAACCGCAGGAACGAGGUCUGGGUCCUGAAGAAAGAAGAGCAGCACUAGAAAGAUUCAAAGGUCACGCAGCAUCAAACCCACGGCAGAAGAUUUUUAUAUGAUCAUUCCACAACACUUGAUAGAUUUAACACAGCUCUUAUUAAUGAAGUAUGAUGAAUUAACAUUUAAAGGUCAUUUUAAAAAGUACUUUUUUCUUUUUCUAUAAGUUGCAUCAGUUUACGUUUGAAUACUUUGACUAAAAAGUUACUGAAUCAGACUCACUGUCACCAUCGUUAAACAUCAGGAGGAGCAAGUGGCCGCAGUGGGGCAUAUAUCUCCAGCAGAGGGAGCCAAGUAGUCAGAAGACAUUUCUCUCCUCUGGUGUAUUUGUUUACACACAUUUAUUUCUUAAAGCUACAAAAAACACUUACAUUUAAAUGAUGUGAAUGUAACAAGCCUAAGUUCUGUUGUAAAACAGUAAUCACUCACUAUAUGUACAAGGAAACACAUUAUUAAUGCAUGGAAGUGUUUCUUCUGUCUGUUCAGGCCACAGAGAACACGUCCUGACACCAUGUCAGCACAAGAGAUGAGGAGUUUGAGGGUAAACAGGCUUUUAUUGUCUGAGUUUGACAAAUCAAUUCAGCAGAGCCAGAAAAUACAAAAGAACACAUUUUGCCUGAAAGCCCACUUGACUCAGAGACAGUGAAGUUCAGCUGAUUUGUGUGUGUGAGUAAAGAGACUGCUGGAGUCUGUCAGCCUGACGACACGAUGGUGAAUCGAUCUGAUCCAACGCGUCACUGACAGCUCAUCUAUCAUUUCACAGUAAGGACUGUAUUAAUACAGCACAUACACUAUUUGCUUCUAUUUUUGUAACACACACAGUCAGGGCCAAUGUGAGAGUCAGGAUCUUGCCCGUAGACUGGAGGGGAUCGAACCACCGACCCUCUACCUCCUAUUCCUAUCAAACAUCAUUGUGGUGAAUUUAGUAAUCACGCCAGCAUGAUCAAUUUACUUGAAUAUAAAUUAAUUGUCUGGUCACGUGCUGGAAAAAAAGAUGCCAAACAUUUGCAAGAAAGACAUUUUUUUAAUGUGGUCGAUAAAAGCAAACUCAAGAGUCGCCAAGGUACCUUAAGUUCUUACAUCUGAUUUCCCAACAUUCCUGUGCCUUGUGUGAACCAUACUGACAAAGAGUUCCAGUUACAAGCUCAAACUCUGCCUUAAACACGACUUGACCUUUUUUAUACAUUACAUUAUAUGAAUAUUUACAUUUUUACCUCCUGACAGACUCAGAAUCAUGUUUUUGAUCUUAAAUAAGGGACAUAAUGGACGUUAAUGGAAAACCAAUGUAUGAAUCAUGGGAAAUAUUACUUUUGAAUCAUGUUCACUUUAGUAUAAUCAAUAAUAAAUCUAACGCUUCAUUAAAUGAUUAUC